UUUUUUGUAUGUUUGUUUUUUAAUCUAUCCAAUCUUAAACAUCUUAUAUUUGAUCAACACUUUGAAUACAGUGGAUCAUCCUCAUGCUUUCUCUUUAUUGUGGCCUGUAUGCAGUCACAUACAGCAGCAGCGAGAUCAGAGAGAUCAGUGUCUACUACAGGGUUAGAGUUGCUCUUCAGCAACCGAGCACUGCUACCUGCCACCUGUGUGACAUAUAGUCUGAACAUCCAGAACCUGCCAGCACAUCAUGGGAAACUGUACUUCAGGGACAAAGAAGAAAAGGAAAGGGGAUUCUGCAGAUGAUAAAAGCGGCACAGAAAAUAAGCCUAAUGAGGACGUUACAUACGCCUCUAUUGACCACAGCAGUAUCCAAGGAUCAAGAAGAACCAGAGAAACCACUGACGAUGAAUGUGACUACGCCAUAGUUAAUAUCCCAGCUGAACCUGUAUCCGAGUGCUCAUCUAAAGAAGAAUGUUCAGACGAUUAUGUACUUAUGGGGUGAACAGAAACAAGAGGAAAAGUUCAUCUGAGCUACAUUGUAAGAUGCAGGACUGGUAGAUAAUAUCACAAACAAGAGAAAGCGUCUAAUAUAUUGUAAUGGUGUGCAAGAAAUGUCUAGUUGAACUGCCAAUCAAAGCUUGAUCUUCAAUUAGGAAAAUCUGACAAAAUGAAAAACAGAAACAUCCACAAACAACAGCAGCUGGUUGUGGUAAUCCAGCCCAGAGCCGUUUCUCUCUGCUUCUGAGAUGACCUCAAGCCUGAACACAACUGUGAUGUUCCUUCCUGAAGAGGGCAAACUUGCACCGUUAUUGACGUCUUUGCAGAAGAAACUCAACCUCAGGAGAUUCUGGAGUUUUUAAGCCUGAUGUGCCUGGAUUCCUGAAAUGUCAUGACAUUAGCAACAAUCUGGAAGUAAAGGCAACUCACCCUGGUGUUGUACCUGAAUAUUUUUUUCCACUCAAGAGGGUUAAUCAGUUCUACAGAUCUUCAAGAACAGCAACCGUUUCCAAAACAGGAAAUGCAGUAGCUUCUGACGUACCACUGCUGGUUACACCAUGCCACCAUAAAGCUACUGUAUGUCAAAUUUGUAUGUGAUUAUACCACCUUUUAAAUUAUUAUUACAAAACCUUUUAUUGUGGUCAGCGUGUUUGCUCCUCAGAACUAUUGCACACCACCCAAACAUACUACAAAUAGAUAUUUAAGACCCCACAACCUGAAUGAUUCAGAAUCUUGGGUGUAUUCAGUGACCUGAAUGACUCAGGGGUCUUUCAGUAUUUAAUGUGUUGCUUUCAGUUUUCGGGGGGUGCUGACAUGCCUUGCUGUCUGUGACAGUGUAUCUGUUAAUACUUCCACCAGCAGUCACCAGAGUCAGAAAAGCUCAACUUAGAAAUGGAACGUUUUAGCCGUCUAGACUGGCCUAAAUUAAUGUUGUUUACAUGCUCACAUACUGUUCACAUAAUAAAUGUGUGCGCAAUUUGUGCCACUGCCACAUUAUCCAUUUCAUGAUAAAGAAUGUAAUUUUUAUAUAAUUUGUGUCCACAACACAUGUUGUAAUCAGCAUUUUUAGAGUUUGUGCUCAUUUUGCAAUGUAGUGCUCCUGAGAACUACUGCACACCACUCAAUAUACUAGAUAGAUAUUUAAGGCUAAAGAAUUUAUAUUUUUUAUGUUUUGUAUAUAUGUUUGCAAGGCCUGUAUCUAACUGUGAGAUUAUUUAUAUGUUUGGUUAGGUGGUAGAGUAAUAGUAGUAGUACUGAGAGUUGCCUUUGUUUCAUUGUGGGAAUUUUGAUCUUUUUUAUUGAUUAAAAGUCUGACAAGUGC